CGUCCUGAAAGAAAAAUUUCUAGGGUUUCCAAGCUUUUCUCUUCCGAUCUCCGUCCCGAAACCCUAGUUCUCCAUUGUCGAACUCCAUCCAUGGUUCUCUAGCUUGUCAAUGGAUCCAAUUCCUACGGUUUUAAUCCCAAUAGCAAGUUCUCUACGUCAGCCAUGGGCGCACUGACCGACAACCGGAAGCGUUGCUUCGUCGACCUCUGCCUCUCUGCUCCCGUUUCUACCCCGCUGCCGCCUCUGAAGAAGACGAAGCUCCAACCGCCGGAGCCACCGGAGGUGGUGCCCUCUCCUGCCUUCCGUCGCUUACCCCCUUUGGCACCGCUCCCCCGGCCCGUCCACGCGCCCCAGCGCAUUAUCCGUGCCUUCGGCCUUGGCUCCUCUAAGCCCCGGCCUAAACCCUCUUGAUUUCAGCAUGGGUGGGUAUUGCUCGACGUUCGCUAAACCAUUCCAGUGGAAUGAUAACCAGAGCCAUGAAAAUCUCGGAUUGGAGGACUAUAAGAGGAUGGUUUCGGGACAUGAGGCCGUUGGGAAGUUAUCGUCCCUACCGAGACAGUUCUCGCCGCCGGUGUCGGACUUGACAGUAUUGACGAGGGAGGAGGAUGAUGAGAAGCCGAAAUCGGUGGUUUUGAAUAGGAAGGUAAAGGAUGUGCGCAAGGUUGGGCUGGAGGUCACGCCGCAGUUUGUGAGGAAUUGGGUGCCAAGGAAGGAGCCUUUGUAUAAGGAGUUGUAUGAAGCUUCUGCGAGGAAAUAUGAUGGGAAAUUGAGUAGUUUGGAGCUUGAGGUGAAGAUAACAGAGAGCAAGUUGUCAGGGAUUCGUUUUUCACGGCCGGAGAAGAAGCCCACGAAGGAUCUACAAGAAGUUUUUGCUCCUAUUACGGAUGAAGAAGAUAGUCUAGUCUAUGAUGCUUUGCAUUGUGGCUCCGGUAAUGAAAUUAUUGUCACCCACGAAGGUGCAAACAUUACAAUAACAAGGGAGAUCUUGCAGUGCUUGAGUUCUGGUGCUUGGCUUAAUGAUGAGGUCAUAAAUGUGUACUUUGAAUUGUUGAAGGAGAGGGAAAGAAGAGAACCAAAGAAGUUCUUGACAUGUCAUUUUUUCAAUACCUUUUUCUACAAGAAGCUGAUCAGUGGGAGGAAUGGUUAUGACUAUAAAGCUGUAAGAAGGUGGACAAGUCAAAGGAAGAUAGGGUACAGCCUCGUUGAGUGUGACAAAAUAUUUGUUCCCAUACACAAGGAAGUGCAUUGGUGCUUGGCGGUUAUCAAUGUUAAAGAUGAAAAGCUUCAAUAUCUUGACUCACUUGGUGGCAUGGAUAUUAAUGUUCUUCGAGUAUUGGCUAAAUAUUUUAUGGAUGAAGCGAAGGACAAGAGUGAUAAGCAGGUGGACACAACAUCUUGGACGCAAGAAAUGGUCGAGAGUCUUCCUCAACAACAGAAUGGGUCGGACUGUGGAAUGUUUAUGCUAAAAUACGCCGAUUUCUACAGCAGAGGCUUAGAUCUUUGUUUUAGGCAGGGACAUAUGGACUAUUUCAGGAAGAGAACAGCAUUGGAAAUCCUGAGAUUAAAAGCCAACUGAAUCAGAAAAAUGUGCUCUUUAUAGGUGUAUCAAUGCAACCAGGUUAUAAGCCAACCUGACACACACACUGAACAUUGUGGGAUGAUGAACUCUUCCUUGAGCUUGUGAAGACAGGCUGGAAGUAGAGCCUAUAUUUAUAAGAACCAUAACAAGGUUUAUCGAUAUUCAGCACGACGCUGAUCAGUGUGAAGGUUUUAUGAUACUUUUUUGGUGAUUGUUAGCGAGGAAUUUGAAAGGUGAGGAAUGUGGCAAGGUAUGUUUUGAUCUUCACUAGGUUUAGCCAGGCCUGCCUCGGCCGCUCUUUUCUCGGCCCCUUACCAAGAAGAAGAGUUGAAAGUGCCUGUUUUGUAGGAAUUUAGCUUCCAUUUUGACAUCAACUCCACAUAAGAUUGUUGUGUUUUGUUAAUCAUCACUGUUGUAAUUCGCCAGAUGAUUGUUCAUUUUCCGGGCUCUGCAGUUGAUGAUAAGGGUUCAUUUCUUUUAUAAUGUGUGCAAGGUCGUUGUGAUAUGGUAAUCAAUUUCUCUGGUUGUUCUUGGAAUA